CGACGCCGGUUGCUCUCUUUGGCAGGUACUUCCUCUUGUUCCUCCCGGAAGAAGAGCCAAUGAGGAAGGAUCACCUUAUUCGGGCCAGGAUGCAAAUUGUGGUAACACCCUUUUAAUUUCACUUGAAGAACUCGUGGAUGAUGGUUUGCUGCUGAAAGAGGAGCUUCCAGAGCCUCGAAUCAUGGAUCGUGUGGAUUUCUCAAGUGUUGCUGAAAUAAAGGAUCCUCUUAUAGCUAAGGCUGCAGAGAGGCUUAUUUCCAGUCGAGGGAAUCUCAAAUAUGAGCUUGAACAAUUCUGCAAGGAUAGAAAUAUUGCGAGUUGGCUUGAAGAUGCAGCAUGUUUUGCUGCUAUAGACAGUACUUUUAAUACACUAAGUUGGUAUAGUUGGCCAGAACCAUUAAAAAACCGGCAUCUUGCUGCAAUAGAAGACAUUUAUCAAAGUAAAAAGGAUUUUAUAGAUAUAUUCAUUGCUCAACAGUUCUUGUUCCAAAGGCAGUGGAAAAAGUUGCGCAAUUACGCACGUACCAAGGGAAUUAGUAUAAUGGGAGAUAUGCCAAUUUAUGUUGGCUAUCACAGUGCAGAUGUUUGGGCAAACACAAAACAAUUUUUGCUGAACAGAAAAGGCUUCCCCCUUCUGGUUAGUGGAGUCCCCCCUGAUGCUUUCAGCAAAACUGGUCAGCUAUGGGGCAGCCCUUUAUAUGAUUGGAAAGCUAUGGAGAAAGAUGGAUUCUCAUGGUGGAUACGCCGAAUUAGACGAGCACAGGAUCUUUUUGAUGACUUCAGGAUAGAUCAUUUCAGAGGAUUUGCAGGGUUCUGGGCGGUCCCCUCCGAAGCAAAGAUUGCAAUGGAUGGUCGGUGGAAGGUGGGUCCUGGAAGACCUUUAUUUGAUUCCAUCUCGAGAGCUGUUGGAAAGAUAACUAUUAUAGCUGAAGACUUGGGUGUUAUUACUGAGGAUGUAGUUCAGCUUAGGAAGUCAAUUGGGGCACCAGGGAUGGCUGUCCUGCAAUUUGGUUUCGGGAGUGAUGCAGAAAACCCUCACCUCCCUCAUAACCAUGAGUGCAAUCAAGUGGUAUAUACUGGGACUCAUGAUAACGACACGAUCAGAGGCUGGUGGGAUGUCUUGCCACAAGAAGAGAAAUCCAAUGUAUUAAAGUAUCUUCCAGGCAUUGAUGAACACGAAAUUUCCUGGGGCCUAAUCCAGUCUGCACUUUCUUCAGUGGCGCGAACCACAAUCAUACCCAUGCAGGAUAUAUUAGGUCUUGGAUGUUCUGCUAGGAUGAACAUUCCCGCAACACAGUUUGGGAACUGGAGUUGGAGAAUACCUCAAUCUAUCAGCUUUGACAACUUGGAGGAUGAAGCAAAGAAAUUAAGGGAUAUGCUUGAAACUUAUGGGCGGCUAUGAUUUCUUGGAAUAUAAAAAUUGGAGUAAAUGUUCUGUUUCAGCCUGAGCCUUUUCAUGAAUUAGGUUGUACAUAUGUACCCAAUACUAGACGUCAAAGGUGAAUCAAAUUAAGAAGACAUAUGAUCGUGAAGGAUCAAAAGCUCUUUUUAGGAAGCCCCUUGUCUUCCCAUUUUAUUAUGUUUGAUAGUUCCUGAAUUAAAGGCAAC